AUGUCAUACGCCGACGCCGCUGCGAAGGGUCCUAAGCAGUCUCCUGAAGAAUGGACUGACCUCUUUAGAACCCCCUUAUUAUCGCAUACUGACUCCUCUUCCGUCCCUCUUAUCAGUCGUGCUCCCAAUGUUGGAGGUAUCUACAAGGAUGAAUCCGAGAGCACGGCCUCUUUGAUCGACGUUGAUUCCCCGCACGUCACCGCUGUCGACCCCAAUUUCCUAAACCAGGAGGUAAAGACGACCACCCAGGCCGAACGGCUCGAGCGCGAGGCCGCCGAGGAGGAGAGGCAGAAGCGGGUCCAAGAGGAAGAAGCUCGCAAGAAGGCCAAACCCUGCAAAGCCAAGGGCCGUGGCCUGGGUGCCAAUGUUGAUAAUCCAGUUUUCAUCACAAAUGCUCUCGUGGCCACCCUUGUCGGGGCCGGUCUGGGGUUCGGCGCCUACCGCAAGCACACGCAAGGCAAGCUCUCGUGGGAAUUGGUUGGCCUGUGGUCCGGUGCCGUGGGCGCUUUUGGCGUGGUUGACUACUUUGUGAGCAGAUGGUUUCUGCAGAACAAGUACCCACCGAAAUAA